GGUUCGGGUCACGUCGAGGCCAGUGUUAAAAUUAUCUCCCAACAAGCAACGAGAUGCUGAAGGUACAGACUGUGCGCGGUCCGGUGGAUCCGGAGCAGCUCGGUUACACGCUGACGCAUGAGCACUUUUCGCUCAACUUCGACAAAAUGUACGACGCUCCACCGGACGCGGUCGCGGAAUAUGUUAGCCGGCGCAUUACGCUCGAGAACGUCGGUUACGUGAAGCAGUACCCGUACAGCAGCCGGUACAACAUCAACUUCGAGGACUAUGAUACGCACCAGGCGGUCAUGAAGGAUGUGGUGGCGUACCGGAAGUUUGGUGGCGGUUCCAUCGUCGAGAACACAUCGCACGGCCUGGGGCGCAACCUGAAGCUAAUGUGCGAGGUGUCACGGGAAGCGAAUGUCCACGUGAUCGCCGGGACGGGCCAUUACAUACACGCGAUGCAGGACGAGGCAACGCACGGGAUGAGCGUCGAGCGGUUAACGGAUUUGUACACGAAGGAGCUCCUGUUCGGGGUGGAAGUGGCCGGCAUCGAGGAGCCGGUUAAGUGCGGGUUCAUUGGUGAGGUCGGUAGCGGCUGGCCGAUUAGUGCGUUCGAGCGGAACGCCAUUCAGGCCACGGCCGAGGUGCAGGCAGCCAUCGGGUGCGGGGUCUCGUUCCAUCCGGGCCGCGAGCGUGACGCACCGUUCGAGAUUGUGCGGCUCUACCUAGAGGCAGGCGGGGCGGCCAACAAGUGCGUCAUGUCGCAUCUCGAUCGGACACUGUUCAGCGAGGAGGAUUUGCUGGACUUUGCCAAACUCGGCACCUACUGCCAGUUCGAUCUGUUCGGCACCGAGUGCUCGUACUACCAGCUUAAUCCGGAAUCGUACAUGCCAUCGGACGAGCAGCGCAUCCAGAAGAUCAUCGGCCUGCUGCGGGAGGGCUACCAGGAGCGCAUUCUGAUGUCGCACGACAUCCAUACCAAGCACCGAUUGACAUCUUUCGGUGGCCACGGUUUCAGCCACAUACUGAACAACGUUCUGAUGCGUUUCACGCUGCGCGGAAUCGAUAUUAAAACCGUCGAUACGAUGACCAUUACCAAUCCGGCCCGCUGGCUAGAGAUGAAGGUUUAGGUUAGACCAGAUUAACCGGCUGAUAAAACGCCGGGCAACCGGGAGAAUCAAUCACGCUCCGGUACUUCGCUUUCGGCUCCGAUGAGCAAGAACGUAAAGUUCCACCGCUCGCCGCGGGAACGGUGCAAGAAAUCCGGUUGAAAGUAAAUGAUCGUUUCAGUUUUUUUAUUAUCAAAUAAAAGCGCUUGUUAGUGGCGCUAAGGU